AUGGGAAACAGCGCCUCCUCCAGCAACACACAGAGGCAGCAGAGCAUAAAGGAUAUCGCGACCCACAAUCGCCAAGCCAGUCAACAACAAGCUGCCGCUUAUAAAGCUCAACAACCACGCCGUAAUGCUGAGUUUCCCCGGCGCCGUAGCUUAGAAUUACCUGAUUUGUUGCCAUUCGGUGGUGAUCUCAGCCAACAACCUCCUACGGACAUCUCCCACGACAACAGUAACAGCACCCACAACCCCUCCAUCACCCACACUACCCGCGCUACUCCACCGCCUCCGCCCGCCUGGUGUCCUCAGCCUGGUUCCGUGAGCUCCCCCCUCAUCGACGCCGCCGUCGCCCUUCAAGCCAGCUACUUCCCCACCGUCCCCGCAUCUCAACCACCCGCAAUCAACCUCAAACUCGAUGACGGCAGCGAUCUACCUGCUUAUAAUGCAGCUGCUGUUAAUAGAGACGAUGAAAACUCGGAUGAGCUCACUGAUACUGUCUUGAGUUGGCGUGGUGGUGGUAACGAUGCUCAAGUUCGAUUUGGUCCUGGUUGGAAGACAAGCGUACCCAUGACCAGAAGCGAGAAAGACUUUGUUACCUGUGUUAAACUCCCUCCAGGUCACCACAGGAUUGUUUUCGUAGUGGAUAAUAACUGGCGGGUGAGCGAUGACCUACAAACUGCCACAGAUGAUGAUGGCUUGAUGGUCAACUACAUUGAAGUACCCAAGUUGGCUGAGAAUGAUAGAAAGGAGCACACUCAUACGGAAAUCAACAACACGCGCAUAAUCACCCCUCAAUCUGCUAAAGAAGGUGAUUUACAAUGCGCAGAUGAUCAAGAUGGUACACAACACUCACUUACUCACUCGAACCCAUCAAAUCCACACACGCAUCACGAUCCAACUCCUCCACACGAGUACACCACCGACAUACCCCAGAUGCUAGUCACAUAUGCCAACCUCGAGUCGGGGGAGGGAGACAGCGCGCACAACGCACACUCAUCACACUCAUCACACACCUUCCUCCCUGAACCACCCAUGCUUCCUCGACAGCUUGAAAGAGUCGUCCUCAACGCCCAGCCUCCCCAAAUCGCCCCACCCGCUAACAGCACUGUCCCACACGGAGGCACUCUUGACGAUAAUAGCGUCUUACCUAUCCCCAAUCACGUGACCCUCAGACAUCUCACUGCUAGCGCUAUCCGCGGCGGCGUGCUCGCUGUCGGGACUACUACGCGCUACAGAAGGAAAUUUAUUAGUACUGUGUAUUAUACGAGCAUUGAUUAG